AUGGCCGGACGCAUGGAGGGGGCUCGCUGGAGCGGGAAGACGACGGUGGUGUGCGUGACGGGCGCCGGCGGGUACAUCGCCUCGUGGCUCGUCAAGCUCCUCCUCUCCCGCGGCUACACCGUGCACGCCACCGUCCGUGACCCGCGUGAUCCCAAGAACGCCCACCUGGGGCGGCUGGAAGGGGCCUUGGAGAAUCUCCGGCUGUUCAAGGCCGAUGUGCUCGACCAGAACGCGCUGGCUGCCGCAGUCUCCGGGUGCCAGGGGGUCUUCCAUCUUGCCUGUCCCGUGCCCACGGAUAAGUCAGAAGUAUUGGCUCCUGCUGUGCAAGGUACCUUAAACAUUCUUCAGGCUUGCUCAGCUAAUAAUGUUCAGAAGGUUAUUGUGGUUUCGUCCACCGCCGCUGUUCAUUUCAACCCAAAUUGGCCUCAACACAUACCCAAAGAUGAGGAGUGCUGGUCGGACAUAAACUUUUGCAAAAAGAAUGAGGACUGGUAUAUGGUUGCCAAGGUUAUUGCUGAAAAGACAGCCCUGGAAUAUGCAGAGAAAAAUGGACUAAAUGUUGUUACAGUUUGCCCUACGAUGGCUUUAGGACCGCUCCUGCAGCCUAUGGUCAAUGUCAGCCAUGAAUUCCUCCUAUACAUUAUUAAAGGAGGUCCUACUGUGAUGAAGAACAUUCCGUGGCACAUAGUUGAUGUCCGCGAUGUGGCUGAUGCUUUGCUUCUAGUAUACGAGAAAGAGAAAUCAGCAAGGAGAUACAUCUGCGCGCCAAAUUGCACCAGUGCAAUAGAUCUGGUGAACAUGCUGAAGAAGGCUCAUCCUAACUACAAUUAUGUAAACUGCAGCAAUGAUCUGGUUCCUAACUCUAUAGUUACGCCACUUAUGUCGGAGAAACUGAAGAAUUUGGGCUGGAAACCAAGCAAGACACUAGAGGAAACAUUAGUGGAUAGUGUUGAAAGCUACGAGAAGAUGGGGCUUCUACAAGAUGUUGAGGGAUGCCCUUGCCGUCUUCCUCACCUUUUUCAUAUGGCUAUAGAAAAAUGA